CCACCCAGUCCACCAUUUACCCAAUUCCAUAAAAGUAAAAAUUAAAAUUUGUGCUGCGUCGUUUCCGAACAACUAUGUUCCAAGUAGUAGCCGCAGAGAGAAUGGGUUCCUCGGAAGCCGAAAACGAGGCUCUCCGUGGCGCCGAAGAAGAAGAGGGUUCUACUUCUAACAAGAAAUGCGGCAAGUUCUACGAUGUUUAUGGACCCGAAGGCAAGGCAGACAUUGUUUUUAACUCACCAGAAGAUAAUUCAACUCUCAAUCUUAGUGAUGUUCAAGGACUUGUAACUUGGGUGCUCAGUGAAGGAUUUAUGCCGUCAUGGGUUUUUAUUAAGAAUAAACCUCUUAUUCCCAAAGUGGUUAUGCUCUAUGUGCCAGGCCUGGAUGCAGCUUUGUUCUUGUCACAGUCUAAAAUGCUUCCAAGAUUAAAAAAAUUCUGUGGCAAACCAAGGGCACUCCUAGCUCUUAGCUGUGUGUCAGAUGGUAUGCAGACGAUAGAUGCACUCCUAACAUGCAAGAUGAAAAGGAAAAGGGACGAGAAUAGUUCAAUUAUGGGGAAAUUUGCUCGGACAUCUCAACAAGAAGAAGGUUGUUGUGAUACAGACAGUCUAUCAUUUAAGGAGCUUACAAAAGACAUACCUUUCCCUGUUACAUACUAUACACUAACAGAGAAAGAGUUGGAAGAGAAUGGAUAUUCUGUUAAUAAGCCAGGUUUUCUUUCUACUUUGCCCGCUCCUUCAGGAUCUCCUUUUUAUGAGAUGUUGGCACUUGAUUGUGAGAUGUGCAUAACAAGUGAAGGUUUUGAGCUGACAAGAAUUACUCUAGUAGAUGUCAAAGGACAGGUUUUGAUAGAUAAAUUGGUUAAACCAUCAAAUGCCAUCACUGAUUACAACACAAGAUUUAGUGGAAUAACGUCUGAGAUGUUAGAUGGCGUGACAACAAGUCUGAGAGACAUUCAGGAAGAGUUCAUAAAGUUGGUUUACAAGGAGACUAUCCUUGUUGGGCAUUCUCUGGAAAACGAUUUGUUAGCAUUGAAUAUAUCUCAUGACUCGGUCAUUGACACAGCAGUAUUAUACAAACACCCCCGAGGAUCGUCUCAUAAAAAUGCUCUACGGUUUCUUACUAAGAGAUUUCUUUCAAGGGAAAUCCAACAGUCAGGGAAUGGACAUGACAGCAUUGAAGAUGCUAGAGCUACCAUGGAAUUGGCACUAUUGAAGAUCAGAAAUGGGCCUGAUUUUGGUUCCCCUCCAUCCUUUACAAGGAAAAAGCUCCUUUCUAUUCUGAGUGAGUCUGGCAAAAUUUCCUCACUGAUUGAUGAUAUAUCCGUAGUAAAACGGUAUGCCUCAGAGUCCUCUCAUGCAAUUCCAGUGACCUCUGAUGAUGUAGCACUUGCAAAGGCCAACAAGGAGGUGAAGAAUGAAAAGGUACAUUUUAUCUGGACUCAGUUUUCAGAGCUACACUCGUACUUGAAGAAACAAGCUGAAGAUUCUGAGAGCUUGAAUAAAAGACUUGCAGAGAUGAUUGCAAUAAAAACAUGUCAAAAUAAUUUUGCAAAAGGGAAAGGCUUCAAGUUAAAUGCAUCUGCUGAACUGAAGGAAAUUCUGGCUCGCAUGGACGCUAGAAUUCAUAAUCUGUAUUUGUCAUUACCCACAAAUGCUAUGAUGAUAAUUUGCACUGGUCAUGGAGACACUGCUAUUGUCCGCAGUUGUUGAGUUGGCAACAAACUACAUGGCUGGUCCUAUAUUAUCAUCUGUUGAUUACAAAACUAUGUAUACGAGACUUCCAGAAAACCUGCUUUUUAGUAUCUUUAAUGGAAGCCCUUGUGCUGACUUGGGGAUUUUGAUUGUCUGUAGCUCAUUUAGCACUGAUAGGAUUGGAUAAUGGCAUCCUUUGCCCUAGGCGACUGUAGUUUUCAUUAUCACUUGAUGUUCUGGGACCAAGUGACACCAUUUAUUAGGGCUUCAUGUAUGCUAUCCACAAGUCCAUGGAAGCUAACCCAUUCAUUAGUCCAAUGUGAUCCUUGCUGACGGACAUUACUGAUUGAAACAUUGAAGCUAUCCCACACAAUUCCAUUAUGCAUAUGAGGAUUCAAUUAAUUUUGUCAAUUUAGACAGGCCCGGAGCAUAAAAAAAUCUGGGGGUUGCACUAUUUUAACGUACAUUUAUUUUUGGUGAAUUAACUUGUUUGUUUUGCAUGUUAUGUUUUGUGUUCUUAACUUCCCCCCCCUCAUGAAGGCUGAGGAAAAUGCUUACGGAGCAGAAUGAAAGCAAUUUAUGUCGGGAAGAGAUUGUGGAAAUAUUGGAAGAGGUUCAGGCCCGAGCUGAAGUAGCCUUGUGUUUUGUAGGUGUAAAACAUUGAGUAUAAUAAUUAAUUCAAAAUGAACUGAAAUUAAUUUUUGUUAGCAUGUUGUGAGUACUCACAAUUUGAUCGUGAACGUUAUAAAUGUAAAUAUUGUGGCAGGAGGUCCAAGAGUAGUUAUACAUGUGUGUGCCAUA